AGUCAUUGAAUGCUGAGUUCACUUUCAUUCCAAGGGAAGCCAUGCAGGAUGAAGAUGGAUACGUCACCUUAAAUAUUAAAACUCAAAAACCAGCUCUCACUUCAGUUGACCCUGCUUCCUCCUCUUUGUGGCGUGUGAUGGCUUUGAUUCUGCUGAUCUUGUGCAUGGGGAUGGUUGUUGGGCUGGUGGCUCUGGGGAUUAUGUCUGUCACGCAGCAAAACUACCUACAAGCUGAGAAUGAACAUCUCUCAGGAACUCUGAAACAAUUAGCGAGGAAGUUCUGCCAAGAUUUACUACAACAAUCAGGACAAAAGGAAAGCCAUCAAUGCAGCCCAUGUGACGUACACUGGAGAUAUUAUGGAGACAGUUGCUAUGGAUUCUUCAGGCACAACUUGACAUGGAAAGACAGUAAGAAGUACUGUGCUGAUGUAAAUGCUACUCUUCUGAAGAUCACCACGGAGGACAUGCUGCAAUACAUCAGUAGCAGGACUGGAUUAAUUCGUUGGGUUGGAUUGUCCCGCCAGAAAUCCAGUGACGUCUGGAUGUGGGAAGACGGCUCAGUUCCCUCCAAACAUUUGUUCAAGCUUUCUGGAACUGCAACAGAAAAUAUGAAUUGUGCUUAUUUUCAUAAUGGGAAAAUUCACCCUACCUUCUGUGAGAACAAACAUUAUUUAAUGUGUGAAAGGAAGGCAGGCAUGGCAAAGGUGGACCAACUACUUUAAUGCAAAGACAUGCACAGCAUGUCACAGACAAGUGCUUGAUAGUACAGUAAGAGAUCUGGAUGAAGGAAU